GGGGAGAGAAUAGCUACGAGAACGUAGCUAAAAACGUUGAGAUAUACUGAUGGGUUACACGGAGGGUUGAGAGAUUAAGGUUUGUUAUCUAGGGAGAGAAGUGCGAUGUUGUAUUUGGCAUGAAUGAGUCGGGUAACCCCAAGUGAGCCCCAUAUUGCGCGAGUUUCUUGUCCUACUUACCAUUACAAAGCCUCGUUUCCACAUGACAACAACUAUGCUAUGGCGGAAUGCCUUACCAUGCAUGUUGGCAGCAUGAGGGAAUCGCAGUAUAUUAAUGAAAAUAAUGGAGAUAUAUGUGACACAGCUUCCCAAGGAAGUCGAGAUGAAUAUAUUGAACGAGAUCCGAAUUUCGUCGAAGAUAGAUUUCGGGUGGAUCGAAAGAAACUCGAGCAAAUGCUCCAAGCACCCGAUGGAUUUGAUGACGAUGAAGGUGCAGAAGACUUCUUUCAGAGGAUUAUGGAAGAAACAAACACACAGAUAACAUGGCCGUCCAAAUUAAAAAUAGGUGCAAAAUCAAAAAAAGAUCCUCAUAUAAAAGUUAUUGGAUACCCAGAAGAUGUUAAAGUCGCCAAAGAUAAGAUUGUUGCUAUACUUGAUACAAAGGGAAACAGGGUAACAUUAAAGAUGGAUGUAUCCCACACGGAGCACUCCCAUGUGAUAGGAAAGGGAGGUAAUAAUAUAAAACGUGUGAUGCAGGACACUGGUUGUCAUAUUCAUUUUCCUGAUUCUAAUCGAGGCAGCAAUGUUCAAGAAAAAAGUAACCAGGUAUCCAUAGCAGGCCAGCCAAAUGGUGUAGAAACAGCUAGAGCACAGAUUAGGGAAUUACUGCCAUUAGUGUUUAUGUUUGAGUUACCUAUGACAAUACCAGAAACCACAACUCCGGCCAUUCAGCAAAUCCAAAAUACUUAUAACGUAACAAUUAGUAUUAAACAACGACCUCGUAUGUAUGUCACCACAGUGAUCGUACGUGGAUCAGUUAAUAAUACUAAAGCUGUUAAAGAAGCAACAUGUAGACUUGGUGAACAACUCACUGGUAAUGGUGCAUUACCGGUUAGCAUGCAGUUAGAAAUAGCACCACAACACCAUCUCUUUAUAAUCGGUAGAGGGGGUGUUAAUAUAAAACAAAUCAUGCAGAGAACAGGAGCUAAUAUACACUUCCCUGAUCCAAACACAUCUACACCACAACGAAAAGGCACCGUUUAUAUAACGGGCAAUAUGGAAAGUGUUGCUAUGGCCAGACAACAGUUAAUCGGCUGUUUACCACUAGUCUUAAUGUUUGAUGUAAAAGAAGAUAUAGAACUAAAACAAAGUCAGAUUUCACAGCUAAUGGAGAAGUUAGAUGUGUAUAUAAGUGUUAAACCAAAACCAAAGCAACCAAGCAAGUCUGUGAUUGUUAAAAGUAUAGAAAGAAAUGCUACCAAUAUGUAUUUGGCCCGGUUAUUUUUACUUGGAGCAGAGAUGGAAGAUUGGAAUAUUUCAGCUUGUAACCGUGGAAAUAAUACCAUUGGUUUGACGUCUGCUACUGGUCUGGGUUUGAACACUCUAGGGUAUAUAAGUCACAACAUGUUAAAUGUAAAUACAACCAAUUCACUGCUGAUGUUAAAUGGACAUAGAAGUCCAACUAGUCCUCAUAAUAUUCCCUCACCAACCAGUCCUAACCAUUGGUUGACAACCACACAUAAUGUGUAUAGUCCAUUAAUGGUUGUUACUCCUGCCACGUCAUGUACCGUCCAACAACCACUAAAUAUCAUGUCACAAUGUCACAGUGUCAUGUCGUCAUGUCAGAACAAUAGGUCACAGUUAAAUGGUUAUCAGAAUGAUUAUAAUCGAGCCAGUGCCUUUAUAUCUGUUUUACCACAAACAGGUAAUACAAGUCAAGGUCAUAGUAGCAAUAACAGUGAUUCUACUAGUCCACGUCACAGUCCACCUGGUAGUCCAAGUCCUAUAACCCAUAGUAGCCCUUGUCAUCCAGUUGAUUUAUCAGGUUUACAGACAGCUGGUGCUAUAGGUGAUAUAUUAAAUAGAGAAUCAACACUUACUAGUAGUGGACAUACAUUAGAUCUGCUAGGUUUAACUACUAUAGUACCACCAUUAACUAACUCACAGUCAAUCUUCUUGGAUAACAUGCAUUUAAAUAAUGUUGAUAAGAAGAGUGAAACAUCAUGUAUGGAUUCUGGUAGUUCAGAGAAAUUAGCACCAGGAAUAGAAAGAAAAAAUUCAGCAUCUUCUCUGUUUUCGUCAACUAUUUCUUUCUCACCUUUUGAUUAUGAAGAAAAGAAAUUAAUGGCUUUGAAAGCCAUCCGUAAGAAACCAGAAGGUGAAUCACGACAUCCAACUGAUGCUUGGUCGGGUAUGGGAUUUUCAAAAUCAAUGCCCGAAUCUGCCAUUAGAGAAAGAAUGGGACAGAUUGGUAUAUCUUCUAAAUACUGUGAACCUUCAAUGACGGCUUCAUAUCAGCCAACAACAUCAGAGAUAUCUGAAUGUUUAAAUAUAGAUCGUGAUCCAUGGAAAGAUCAAAUGGUAUCUGUUAAUGCUCCUAUGAAUAAAGCUCCUGGUGAAUAUCCUAGUCCUAGAAAGAAGUAUGAAUUUGGUUUGAGUAGUAGUAAUCAUGUGGAUAGUGCCAUAUUACCAUCUAAAAACUGGUCACAUAAAACUGAUUUAGCUGAAUUGUUUAGUACGAUGGGUCUUGGUAAAUAUACAGAUCUCUUCACACAACAAGAGAUUGAUAUUUCAACAUUUACAACACUGACUGACCAAGAUCUACGGGAACUUGGAAUCUCAACUUUUGGUGCAAGAAGGAAAAUGUUAUUAGCUAUUGCAGAUAUGAACAAGAGAAAAACAUUAAGAAAUGUCAACAUCCCUUCAAAUUCAUCUAGUACUGCCUAUACAAAUGAAAGUGAUACCAAUCAAAGAUCUCGACCAGAUUUUGCUAGUCUUAGUGGACGUUGGUAGCUGCUGGAUGGCUGAGUUUACGUUUGUUUGUUCUGGAAUUCUCUCCCCCCACCCUUUUUUUUUUUCAUGACAAAAAUCUUGGAACUGCGAGAAAGUGGACCUUAAAAGUUUCUAGUCUUCUGUUAUUGCUUCUUUAAUGUUUUUGAUGUUUAAUAUUUUUCUUCAUGUUGUUUACGUCUCACAAUCAAUCUUUAUAAUAAUUAAAUAUUUUAUUUUAAUUUGUAAUAAUAUAACAGAGAGUUAACCAUCAGUGAUAACAUUGUUUUUGUAUUUAUAAUAUUAAAUAUAGUUUUGAAUGUUUUCCGUCCAAAUGUUUUGUGAUAUACAAAGUCAUAUUUCUAUUAAUAGUAACAGAGUUGUUUGGUAGUGUAUUUUUUACACUGAGCUUUAUAAACUAUGCAUUUAUAUUUUUGUUUUUCUUUUUUGAUGGAUUUUUAUCGCCCGGUUUGUAUUUUUAUGAGCUUCAAUUUUUAACAUUUUUUUGACGAUAGGCUCUAAAACACCUUUCUUUUUUUUUUCACAGUUUAAGAAAUUUUUAUAUGAAAAAAUAUAUAACGAUGACAAUGACAUUUAUCUGCUUUUCUUUAAUAUUUAAUGCACAUUUAAUACUGGAAACCCUAGUCCAAAAAUUAUAAUUAAAGCAUAAUAAAUGAUAAUGGAUGAGAGGAAAUCAAGUAUUUAGAAUUGAUUUGUCAAAACUUAUUAUAAUAUUUAAAAUGACCGAAGACAUAUCUUAUUAAUGGGCGUCCUCGCUGAAGGAAUUCCCACCAGGCGUCGCUAGUUAAAACUCGGUUCCAUGUGACCUUAUCGAUGGUAAGAGACCCGUAUCGGGGUUAAAUUCAAUAUCAACGACCAAAACUAACGUUUGUCAACACACCAGUUUGUAAUAAAUGUACAGGAAAACAGUGCUGUAAGGUAAACAAUGAGGUCACGUGGGACCGCCUCACCUAUAAAUUAUGUCCCUUUAUCUCUAGCGAGGACGCCCAUUGGAAUUCUAUAGACGAAAAGACAGCACUAGAAUCCUUGAUUUGGUGUUAAAUUUAUUUGAUAAAAUCAUCACUCUUAACCAAUUGACAAAUAUCAAAUAUUAUGAAACUUGAUGUAGCUGACUUAAUCUACAAAUAGUAUGAUGCAUCUAGAUCAUGUAAAAUUAAAAAUUUGUCAUCAUCAUCAUCAUCAUCAUCACCUUCUAAUUUCUGAUUUCCUCUCUAUAAAAUUUAAUGAUCUGUCAAAAAUUGAUUGUGCCAAGCUUAAUUUAGUUACAACAUUCACUUGACAUUUUAUAUAUAGUUUAUUGUCACAUGGUAUAUAAGUAACUAUUAUUAUAUUAUUUGAAUUGGGUGUUAAACAACUAAAUAGUUGUUCUUGAUAUUUGUUGGAGGUUUAUUUUGCAUUGUUUGAUUAUUUUUGAUAGUUUUACAAUACUCAUAUAUUUUGUAUUUUAAUUUACCCAUUCUUUGAUACUAUUUCCACGAGAAAGUAUAAAUCAGUUGGUAUCUAUCAGAAAUUUUUAAAUUGUUUUAAAGAUAAAACUAAAUAUUUGAAAUAACUCUUCAAGAUGCAAUUUGAUAUUUGAAAUGACUCUUAAUUAAUGAUACAAUUUAAUACUCAAAUAUUUAUCAACACUUUUUGACAUAUAAUGAGUAAAAUUGAAUGUAAAAACAUCUUUUCAUGCAAUUCAUUUUCAGACAUAGCCCUUAUAACUGACAUGACAUAAUUUGUAGUCUUAAAUCCUAGCUAUAAAUUAUCAUAAAUUCUAGCUAUAAAUUAUCAUAAAUUCUAGUUAUGAAUUAUCAUUAAUUCAGACUACGAAUUAUCAUUAAUUCAGACUAUGAAUUAUCAUAAAUUCUAUCUAUAAAAUCAUAAAUUCUAGCUAUAAAUUAUCAUUAAUUGUAGUUAUAAAAUCAUUAAUUCUAGCUAUAAAUUAUAGUUAUGAAACCAUUAAUUCUUGUUACAGAUUUUCAUUAAUUCGAGCUAUAAAAUGUUAUUUCAAGUUAUUUGUUAAUAUGGAAUAAUUGAUACUAACUUGUAUUAAACGUUGAUAUUUUGAUUUUUGUAUAUAACGCUUUACUCCUAUGUGAUAUGUUUAUUUUUCUCAUGCAUAUAAAAUAUAUCUUUUAUUACUAUUACAUGUAUAAUUUGUUACGUUUCAGUUAAGGUCCACUUAGUAGAUCCUUUUAUUUUAUGGCAGAAAAUAGUCAGUAAUUUACUUAUGAUUUUGUAGUCAUGGUAUGAUUUUUGACUGUUGAAAAGGGAGAGCUCAGUUAUUUCUGUGUCCAGACAGUUUGACUUUGAAACAGAAGGUACCCACUACCAGGACUUAUAUUUGCCAGCCUUGACUGACCUGGCAGUGAAAUUGACCGCCGUUUUACAUUCAUAAAAUUAUCUUUUAGCCAUAAAACUCAAUAAACACAGUACAAUAUGGUUUUUAUUAGUAAAACAUGUAAAUAAAUAUACAUAAAAAAUAUCAAAUUGUAUGGAAAAGACUGACCAGCUGGUCAAAUUUUGAAGUGAAAGGCUGACACUCUCCACUAUAUUUUUAAAUUGCUGAAGGACUUGUUGGGUAUUUUUUUAAGAUUGAAACAGAGUUAGAAUUAUUUUCUGCCAUAAAAAGAUAAAUAUAGCUAAAACAAGAGAAGAUUGGCUUUGUGAAAUAAUCUCACACAGGCUGACGAGAUGGGCUUGUUUUUUCAUUGGUCCAAUUUUCCUAAACCCUUAAUCUAAUAUAUACAUGUCGGACUAGGCAAUCAAAUCCUAACUGGUGAUUUACAAAAUAGUAUAGCAGAAUUAAUUAUCUGUUUCCAAGGCAUUGGUAAUUAUACAUAUUAACAGCUAGCCAUCUUUCCAUGAUCGACAAUCAAAACCUACAUGUAGACAAUAGUUAGUAGUAAAAGGUUUUGUGCUUGCAGUAAUGUGACCAAUGAAAAUCAAGCCCAGAGCAGCCAAUGAAAAUGACUGUUAUUGUUUCCAUAUUUUGAUGAUGCAUGUGAAAUUUUUAAUUGUGUAUCUUGUAAUGGUAUUGUUAUAUAAUAUAUAAAGGCUAGGUUACGUUGGUUAAUUAUUAUUGUUAUAGUUUGGUUUAUAUUUUCUUAAGAUUUAGUUAAAAACUCGUCAAAAUAUCUAAUACUGUUAUUAAAUGAAAGAUAUAUUUGCAUAUUAUAUAAAUGAAUCUCAACAUAAUAAAUGAUAAUGUUAUAAUAUGUUUUUUGAUUGAAUAAAAUGUGUCUAGUUGCAUAAAGCAUACAUAAAUUUAACCCUUUAGCACCUAGUACAUGUAAAUAUUGACUAUGCCAGUUCCCCGAAAAUUUCUAGAGAAAAGUUCUUUUUAACAUUGAGUAUUGUAGCUCAUUUUCGAAACUGCCUGAAACUACUGCUGCCUAGACCACCUAAAAUCAUUGUGGUCCUGAUGUAGUUCACAGCUAUUCACAUGACUUGUGCAGUUUUAAGGCACUUGAGGGAGUGGGGGUGAUAAAGGGUUAAGUCAUUUCAAAUGUUUGAGUUUAAUGCUAUGAACCACUGGAAAUUAAAAUGUCCAGUUACCAAUUGAAUUGUAAACAAAUGUAUUUUUGUUCAAUUGGUUUUAGAAGUGCUGCAUAAUGAAUGACAAGUUAUUUGUAUUUCAUUUACCAAUAUAUAUUAGGGCUGAGACCACUAUUUAAUACUAUUCUCCAUUUGAUUGAUUUUUAAAUAAUAAAUGAAAAAUGCUUUCAUUACCAGUAAGUUUGAUUAGAUUUAGCAGUGGAAUUCCAUUUUUUGUUUUAAUUGGAAUUCCAUUCUUUUGAAUGUUUAUAAUAAAAAUUGUUGAACUCAAAAAGUCGUUUGUUUGGAAACAUGAGAUUAAAUGUAAAUUUCCCGCACAUGACAUAGAUCCAUGCAUAACACAAACGCAUUAUAUAUCAAAAUGUUCAGUUUGGUGGUACAUGUAGUCUGAAAUUCUAGUGUUUUGUAAAACUUAAUCCGUCCAAUGGACUGUUUGCAGUUUAAAAGCCAUAAUUAUAUAUUUUAUGAUAUAAAAAAUAAAAUAAUUUUGUGAUGUAUGUUAAAAUGAGAUUAUAUGCUUGUAAAUUGCCGUCCAUGGAUUUUGUCUUUAUAUUAUCAUUUAUAAAAAUGAAAUAAAUGUAGUCAAAUAUUGUAACCACAAUACUAAUUUUUUUUGCAAAUAAAUAGAGAUCCAGAGAAAAUUCAACUAUCAAA